UUAAAACCGGAACAAACAAAAGAAAGCAAAGCAAAGGUUGCAGCUGCUCUGUGUUUACGUUCAGGUGUUGUUAAGGAAUUCAUCAUCACACAGGAUUCACUGAGAGAGAGCCUGACCAGCUGCUGUGGACUGAGGCUCGGACCAACACACAGAGAUAAUGGCACAUUAGCCACACACCAAUCUUUUUAUUUUUAUUUUGCUUCUAUAUUUUAUUUUAUUUAUGUAUUUUUAAAUUUUCAGAUUUUAUUUAGUUUGUUUUUAAUUGUUCUGAGUGAGAAUGAAGGGCUCACAUUCUGCUGUGUCAAGCCCGAGGAGGUGGAGCAGCAGCAGCAGCAGCAGCAGCAGCAGCGGGGCGGCCGGGCUGCUCUACCCGCUGCUCGGUGCGUGUCUCUGGGCUGCGGUGGUCGGGUACAAGCCGGUGAUCAUAGUGCACGGUUUGUUCGACAGCUCAGGGGAUUUUAUAAACUUACAGCGCUUCAUUAACGAGUCUCAUCCUGGUACAAACGUGACUGUCAUCGACUUGUUCGACAGAAGUGCCAGCCUGGAGCCCAUGUGGACGCAGGUGGAGGGAUUCAAGGCAGCUAUUUACCCGAUAAUGCAAAACGCAGCAGACGGGGUCCACUUUAUCUGCUACUCACAAGGUGGGCUGGUUUGCAGGGGAAUCCUCUCCACUCUGUCUGACCACAACGUCCAGUCUUUCAUCUCUCUUUCUUCACCUCAGGCCGGCCAGUAUGGAGACACAGACUACCUGAAGUACCUCUUCCCUCAGUUUGUGAAGUCCAAUCUCUACCACAUCUGCUACACUGCGAUAGGUCAGAGGAUAUCCAUCUGCAACUACUGGAACGACCCUCACCACAGAGACCUGUAUGUGAACAGCAGUGAUUAUUUGGCUUUGCUCAACAGUGAGAGAGCCAAUCCAAACUCAACAGAGUGGAAGAAGAACUUCCUUAAAAUCAAAACGCUUGUGUUGAUUGGAGGACCAGACGAUGGAGUCAUCACUCCCUGGCAGUCGAGUCAGUUUGGAUUUUAUGACGACAACGAGACCGUCGUUGAGAUGCAGCACCAAGAUUUGUAUUUACGGGACGUGUUUGGUCUGAAGACGCUGGCGGCUCGUGGAGAUCUGAUCCUCUGUUCUGUUCCUGGCGUCGAGCACGUGUACUGGCACUCAAAUGAGACAGUGUUCCACAUGUGCAUGGAGAAGUGGCUAGUGUAGAACAAAACACACACACACACACACAGAUACACACCGAUACACACCUUGAGGUUUGACUUCCACCAUGUAUGAAACACCUCUGCAGCCACUGUAAAGUAUCCUCACAAACGUCUGUGAGUUCAGGAUGUAAUCUCAUUUUUUUUGGAUUACGCCUCUUAGAAAUCACGUGGUAAUCAAACAGUGUUGGGUUUUACCUUGUACUUCCUGUUGGUGAAGUUUUUUCAUUUUUUUUUAUGUUCAUGCUAAUAACAACUUGGUUAAUUUGAAAAGAAUAGUUUGACGUGUUGGGGCUUAUUUGCUUUCUUGCAGAGAGUAAGAUAGGAAGAUUGACACCAAGCUACGGCCAGCAGCAGGUUAGUUUAGCUUCGCAUAACAACUAAGGAGAAACAGCUAGCCUGGCUUUGUCCAAAGGAAACAAAACCCACCAAUCAGCUCUUUAAAGCUCACUAAUGAAUACCAACAAGUGUUAUGGAGUGGGUUUUUUUGUUUACAGAAGGUUGCGUGCUGGACUAUUUCUUGGCUGGAUUUAUUUUUUUCCUGGAGGCUUGUCAUUACUGUGAAGUUGCCAGCUCCUGCUCCUGGCCAAGAAAUAAAAUACCAGAUAGACACGUUAGACAGUGAGCUUUAAAAGUGCUGUAAGGUAGAUAUUUUACAGGCUAGCUGAUUCCCCUCAGACUUUAUGCUAAACUAAGCUAAGAGUUCAUAUAUAUA